AUGUGGCGAUUAUCUAUCUAUCUAUCUAUCUAUCAAUCUAUCUAUCUAUCUAUCUAUCUAUCUAUCUAUCUAUCACUAUUCAUUAUCUAUGUAUAUCUAUUAUCUCUCUCCCUCUAUUCUGUGGAUAAUCGCCGUGGUAUAAUUCACUCAGUUUUUUCUUUCUUUCUUUCUUUCUUUCUUUCUUUCUUUCUUUCUUUUUUCUUUUUUCUUUCUAUCUGUCUAUCUAUCUAUCACAUUCAUUUGUUUCUCUUUUUUUCUUUCUUUCUUCAAUCCCUGGGUUUGAGAACCUGGGAAGCUAUUUCAUCCACGUAUUUCCUAUGUAUCUUCCUGUAUCUUUCUCUGCUUCUCUGUCUGAUUAUCUAUCUAUCUAUCUAUCUAUCUAUCUAUCUAUCUAUCUAUCUAUCUAUUUCUUAUACAUUUUCUUUCUUUUCUCUAUACCUGGGUUUGAAUAUACGGAGAGCUAUUUUAUGUAAGUAUUUCCCUCUGUCUCUCUUUCUGUCUUUCUUUUUGCCUUUCUCUAUCCUUUCUCUCUCUCUGUCUGUCUGUCCGUCCCUUUCUCUCUCUCUCUCUCUCUCUCUCUCUCUCUCUCUCUCUCUCUCUCUUGAUAAAUAA